CCAAAAAGAUUGACAAAACGACCUUACUAGGGCACAAAAAGCAUAGACCUCUUUUUAGGUCAUCUUAUUCAAUCAAGGAACCAAGACCCAUUUUUUUCCCUUACAUGGGAAUCCAAGGUGCUCACCUUCUUGAGUUCUCCAAAACCUAACAUGGCAGAUAACAACAACAACAACAACAAUAAGGAUUCAGAGAUCAGAGACUUCAAAGCUAUGAUUGCAAACAACACUGAAAAGAAGCCAUUAGCACCUAAGAGAAGCUCCAACAAGGACAGGCACAAAAAAGUGGAUGGUAGAGGAAGAAGAAUCAGGAUGCCAGCACUAUGUGCAGCUAGGAUUUUUCAAUUGACAAGGGAAUUGGGUAAAAAAUCUGAUGGAGAAACAAUUCAAUGGCUUUUACAGCAAGCAGAGCCUUCAAUCAUUGCUGCAACCGGUACCGGAACAAUUCCUGCUUCGGCUAUGGCAAUUUCAGGGUUCUCUGUUUCUGAACAGGGAAACUCUGUUUCGUCUGUUUCUUCAGGUAACCAAUCAAAGAUGGAAGGGCUUUUACCAGCCCGAGAUAGGUAUAAUUGGGCAAUGAUGGCUGGUAAUUUGGGUAGAAACCAUCUGGCAAGUGGGUUUGGAUCAGGUUUGCAGACGGCGAAUUUCGGGAGCGAAAACUUCAAUGUAUUGCCAAACUUGGGGUUUCAAAGUGUUGAAAUUCCAAAUAUGAAUAUGGGUUUGAUGGGUUUUUAUUCAAUGUUUAGCGGUCAAGUUCCAGGCUUGGAGCUAGGGCUUUCACAGGAUGGUCAAGCUGGGGGUCUCAAUUCUCCUGCUUUUGGUCAUUUUUACCAGCAGAUGGUGCAGAGCAGAGGUGGCACUGGCUCUGUAAAUCAUGAGCAGCCACCUACUGAUAAAGAUGAUUCUCAAGGAUCAAGACAGUAGAUCAACUAAAAUUUCCAAAAAAAAAUAAUCUUAUAGCUUAGUAAUGAGUUAUAUUCCAUAAAAUUGUCUGUUACACAAGUAAUUUUGAGUCUUCAGUGGCAGCAGAGAAUUGAAUGGUUGGUCUUGCUCUUUCUUGAAGUGUCACUGAAAUUUUGAUGAUAAAUACUGCUCUCUUUUUUUGUUUGUGAUUUGCAGGCUUGCAUUAUAUAGAGAGCAAUGUUUUAAA